GCGCCAUUGAUAUCAAUCAAUUUAAUUAAAACCCUAAAAAAAAACCGCAAACCCUAAAUUAUUUAUUUGUCUUUUAGUUGUCUAAUGCCAGCGCUCACUGUGUCUGUAAUCAAAGAUUUAGUGGAAGAAGAAAGAUGUUCUACUCGCAAACGUUUCUUGCGAGGAAAGGCCCGCUCGGAACAGUGUGGUGCGCCGCUCAUUUACAGAGCCGCCUCAAAAAAUCCCACUACACCUCCACCGAUAUCCCCUCCACCGUCGAUCGCAUUAUGUGUCCGGAAGUUCCCAUUGCUUUGAGAAUGUCAGGACACCUUCUGUUAGGUGUUGUUCGGAUCUAUUCAAAGAAAGUCGAUUAUCUUUACCAUGAUUGCAAUAUUGUUCUUGUGGGGUUAAGAAAGGCAUUUGCUUCCAUUGAAGUUAACUUGCCCGAGAAUGCCACAACAGCAAAAUUUGAAUCCGUCACUUUGCCUCAAACGUUUGAUCUUGAUGCUUUGGAUGUGGACUUUGAUGUAUAUGCGGAUGGGUCUCUUGACAAUCAUUUGAGGGAUCAAGAGGAAAUAACACUUCCGGAUCAAAUUCCUACCGACCGAAAUCCUUAUGUUGUUAUAACUUUUGACGAGGAUAUAAUGAUGGAUAUGUUACCUCCAGAAAAGGAACUGAAUACAGGUGUUAGGCUAAUGGAGGAAGAUGUCAUUCCUCCAUCAGGAGUUGAUUUUGAUAUGGAUUCUCUGACCACCAUUCCUAGUAAUGUUAGAGAAGGAUCUGUAGAAGCUGCAAAUCUUCGAGAUCCAGGCCCAAGUUCUUCUACAGGAGUGCCUAUGGAAAUUGUUGCUAUUCAAGAAUCUGGUCCUAGCAACCAAACAGAAUUACAUACUGAGAUUCUUGAUAUUCAAGGCCCUGGUCUAAGCAAUCAGACUGAGGUCCUUAAUUCAGCUGUUAACGAUGAAACUUCCCCUCCAGAAUUUGAAGCUUUGCGUGACAAUGUUGACGCUUUUAGUUCAGAAAACUUCCCUCUGCUGUUUACCAAUCAUCAACAUGAUGCAUCUGAAUCAAGCAGAUCUUUAAACCGAGGUUUGAGUGAGAAACAAGUUCCUUCUCCAAUUGAGGAAGAUGUCUUACCAUCUGGAGGGCAGUCUCUACCAUUUCAGCAGUGUCCAGAAUCCCCUACUUCUGCAUCACAAAAUGCACCUGAAAGUUUUGACACACGAGUUUCAUUUGGGCAUGUAUUACCCGAACUUGCCUUAAACCCAACACCAGCUGUUCAGCAGCCAAGACAAAGGCCAAGAAGGAGAAAGCGCUUUGAUAAGACCACAGUAUUAAGUAAUAGGGUCAUAAAGAAGGCUUUAGAAGAUCAUGAGGAUAUAAAAAGACGAAGGUUGAACAAGCCCUCUAAUGCUUUGGAUAUCUGGAAGUCGAGCAACAUUUUAAGAAAGGAGCAAGUCUUUUUUGAGUCUGCAUUAACUGGGUCUUGUGCUGAUUUAUCCAAUUGCUAUAGAAAUGACUACAUUUCUUCAAAACCUCAUCUGGUUCUUGAAAGGGAUGUGACACCAGAGCCUAUGACUGCAACAUAUCCUCCAACUGAAGUGGUCUCAGAUUCGAGGGAUGCAACUUCUCCUGCUCGUUCAACAGAAGUCAUUUUGGAGCCUAUAUCUGCAACUUCUCCUGCUCCUGUAACUGAAAUGUUCUCUGAGCGCAGGGAGGCAACUUCUCCUGUUCCUGCAAUUGAAAACCUUCCAGAUCCUUUUCUUACACAACCUUGUGUACCUGAAGUUGAAGCUGACCCAGCAAUUGAAAAUCUUCGACAACAUGAAGGCCAUACUGAAAACACUCUGUUACCUGAAUUCCUGCCUACUCCUUUCAGAAGUGAUGACUUCACUCCUAUCUCGGCAAAAACUUUAGGAUCAGACACACAGAAUGGAGCAAGUAUGGGAACUGAAGCGCUGCCGACACCAGAUAUUGCAGCGUCUACUGCCACUUACACUACUGAUCUGGAAACACCCAGGACAUUUUUGGAAGAGCAAUUUGAUGCAGGAUAUUCUGGACUUCCCGAUAUUCCUGAAUCUGUUAAGACUGGUGAAACUGGGGACCUUUAUUUUCUGGAAUUAGACAACAGCCCACCUGCAUCUCAAGGCACUCAAGGCUCUCAAGGCAUUGAUUCACUAUCUGUAAGAACAAGGGCUGUGGCUCAGUAUUUGAAAAAAUAUUCUCCUAUGACCCCAGAAUCAGAAGACGUAUCUGGAGAUCUCAGUCUCAACAAGAUUUUAGAAGGAAAAACAAGAAAAGUAUGUGCCCGGAUGUUUUCUGAAACAUUGGUUCUUAAAAGCUAUGGACUUAUUGAUGUACAACAAGAGGAACCUUAUAGCGACAUAACGUUAAAGUUGACUUCUAGACUGUCGAAGGCCGAAAUUUGAGAACCAUAAAAGCUUAUCUUACAAUCUGCUGACCUGUCUCCUAGUAGGUUGGUUUUGUAAAACAAGACACAAGUUGCAUUUGGAGCAAUGUUUUUAAAACCGGACCGGACCGGCCGGUCGGACCGGAUUAACCGGGAACCGGCUACCUGUCCGGUCCGGUUAGACAUAAAAAUUCGUAAGUUAAAAAAUCGGUUCGGAAUCGGGUUAAACCAGACAAAUCCGGUUAAUUGAGAAAACCGUGCAAAUCCGGUUUUUCAAAUAUUAUGCAAAAACCUGCAAAAUCGUCAGAGAGACCACUUUUUUUGUU